AUGCCUAAAGUCAGAAGAAGCAGGAAAGCCCCUCCAGAUGGCUGGGAGCUCAUUGCACCAACCCUGGAUGAAUUUGAUCAGAAGAUGAGAGAAGCAGAGACUGAACCUCAUGAAGGAAAGAGGAAAGUAGAAUCUCUCUGGCCAAUCUUCAGAAUUCAUCACCAGAAAACGAGAUACAUAUUUGACCUCUUUUAUAAGAGGAAAGCCAUAAGUAGAGAAUUGUAUGACUACUGCACAAAAGAAGGUUAUGCAGACAAGAACCUGAUGGCCAAGUGGAAGAAACAAGGCUAUGAAAAUCUCUGCUGCCUCCCUUGCAUCCAGACUCGGGAUACCAAUUUUGGAACCAACUGCAUAUGUAGAGUUCCAAAAAGCAAGCUGGAAGUGGGGCGAAUCAUUGUAUGUACCCACUGUGGCUGCAGGGGAUGCUCUGGUUGA